AAAGAAACCCCCCUGAAGCCCCAGCUUCUUCUGCACUUCUUUUGCACCUCUGCACCAAGAACAAUGGGUACUGAAAUGGUGAUGGUCGAUGAGAUUCCUUUUCCUCCACAGAUUACCACAUCAAAGCCAUUAUCUCUGCUUGGUCACGGUAUUACAGACAUUGAGAUACAUUUCCUUCAGAUCAAGUUCACUGCAAUUGGGGUUUAUUUGGAACCUGAAAUUGUGAGCCAUUUACAGCCAUGGAAGGGUAAAUCAGGAAAGGAGCUUUCUGAGAAUGAUGACUUCUUUGAAGCUCUUAUUUCAGCUCCGGUAGGGAAGUUUAUGAGAGUUGUGGUGAUCAAAGAAAUCAAGGGUUCACAGUAUGGAGUGCAACUAGAGAGUGCAGUGAGGGACCGAUUGGCCGCAGUUGAUAAGUAUGAGGAAGAAGAAGAAGAAGCCCUUGAGAAAGUUGUCGAAUUCUUCCAGAGCAAAUACCUCAAGAAGGACUCCAUUAUCACCUUCAGUUUCUCUGCAACUCCCAGCCCUGCUGAGAUUAGUUUUGCAACUGAAGGAAAAGAUGAAGUGAAGAUCAAAGUGGAGAAUGCUAAUGUUGUGGAGAUGAUCCAGAAAUGGUAUUUGGGAGGAACAAGGGGGGUCUCUCCUACAACCAUUGCUUCCUUGGCUGAUAACAUUUCAGCUCUCUUGUCUAAAUGAAAAUGAAAUGGGGGGUCUUUUCCUUUCUGGCUGUGUUCCUUUUUCUGCUUUGGUGAAACAGAGUAAAUCUGUUGUUUACCUCAUUUUGCUAGUAUGUUCAACAAAAUAAGAGUGGAUUUUAUGUGGUUUAACGGACAAAGUUUC